AUGCCUCCAAGAUGGCAGCGCCUUCAAUUAUCUCAGCAGCGAUUGCCUCCUUUGCUCUUCCAGUAUACCUGGACCCGGCAAGGCUAUGAGAUCCACAUAACAGACCUCACCUAUAUCUGGUCAGAGCGGCUGCCCCAUAAAGCCAUCGCUAAGAGAGCAGAGGAUGAGGCAACAACGAUCGAUCCUGGAGAGGACCCAGAACAGCUCAAUGUGCUCCUGGAGAAAAUUGGGGAAGCUUUACAAAAAGGAAAUGAAAGCGUAAUCCUAAGCAGUGGAACGCAACCCGACUCCCUUGAAAUCAUAAUAACAACCAAGCUGCCCGCCCCGUUGAAGCCUCUUAAAUGGCCCUUGAGGCUAUCUAAAGAGCCUAUGUCGUCCUUGACCAUUAAUCUAUUACUUCCGCUGCUGGGAGAGGAAGCGGAGUGGGAGUCCCGCCAACGUGUGCUCUUGAACCAAAUCAAACAGAAAGACUACGUACUUGGCAAGUUGUUCGACAAAAUGGAAACUCUUGGCGUUGACCUAGGGUCUGUGUUUCCUAGCGCUGCAGGAUCGCGCAUGUCCCGCAAGGUUAUUACGCGGUCUGAUGCUGCUAAGUUUGUCAAGGGCAUUGCACCUUUCGAGGAACAGGCCUGGCUUGCUGAGACAGGAGUAUCAGAGGGGGCAGGGUUAGCCACCAACUUACUCCAGGAAAUCUCGCAAUCCGAUGAUUCUUAUGAUUUAGAUACAUUCACACAGUCACGAGGUGAAUGGUGGCGUCAACUUGCCAAGCGCUCUGGAACUAGCGCCAGAGAACCCUCUAUCAAAGAUGAAGUUCCCAACGAGGAAGAUAGAGAAAAGCCGCUUGGAACUAAGCAUAUCGAUGCUGGAGGGGCCUCAACAGCAAGCAGCGAUGUCGAUGAGUUUCAGCGACAAGAAACUCCUCCCAGACUAAAAUCCCAACAUGGCAAAGGCAAAGCGUCACCAACCAAGCAAACACCCAGAAAGAAAAGUCCUCCGCCACCGGUAUUGCCUUCAGAGGAAGACGAAGCCACAGCAUCAGACUCCGAAUCCGAGCCUGAACCAGCACCGCGUCAAAGACGCAUUCCCAGGGUUUCAAAGUCGCCAGAGCCUGCUGCACCGCAGCCAAAAGCCCGAGAGCCGCCGAAAUUAUCAAAGGGUAGAUUGGGUAAAAUUGGCGGCAAGGGCAAGAAAGAAACACAUCGCCGAUCCUCACCAUCUCCCUCUCCACCCCCUUCUCCUCCAACACAAGUUCGAGAGGCACCGAAAAGGCCAAAGGGCGGAUUGGGCAUGAUAGGCGGCAAGAAAAAGCAGGCAAAAGAGCCCUCGCCUCCCCCAGCGCCUUCCCCUCCAGCACAAGCCCGCGAGUCUCCAAAACCCCAAGAACCCUCAGAGUCGCCAGAAGAGGAACAAAGGAUUAACAAAGAUCCUCUGCCCAUCUCGGUGACACCGGCACCAGCAACAGCCAAAGCCAAACGUUCCGGAAAACUUGGCAUGAUAGGCGGCAAAGCCAAAGCCAAAGCCUCCGAACCAGCUCAAGAUAGAUCUCCCCCACCUACACCUGACAAGGUCAUGUCACCCGAGAAAGCCGCGCCUGCUAGACCGAAGGCUGACCGACAAGCUCCUAAAAAAGAGGAGUCUCCAUUGCCCACACCGGCGGUGGAGAAGCUCCCUUCCGCUCCACCUGCAGAGCCGGAGACCGAAGACCAGCGGGCUGACCGGAAGCGCGAGGAACUGAAGAGGUCCCUCGAGGCCAAGGGCAAAGCUCCUGUAAAGAAGAAGCGGAGGUUCUAG